AUGCCACUAAAAGACCGUUUCCGCCGCGCAAUCCCCCUCCCCACACGCUCCAACUCCUCCUCCCUCUCACACACGCCCACUGUCCCUUCAACACCGACCAACGAAGACCCAAGCACGCCCACGCCCUCCAUCACCCUCACCAAAACCUCCUCAAAACUCGGCUUAUCGAAAUCCCUGACAUGGAUGAGUAGCAGAAAAGAGGAGAAAGAGAGGAAGAAGUUAGAAGAUUGGGCAAAGAGCGAUCAGGCGGAGUGGAAUGGGAGGAAGAAGCCGAAGAGUAAACAGCAUCAGGAUUUGCUCAGGGCUUUCGAAUGGAAGUUUAGAGAGGGGCAGGGACGGCCGAGUAUGGAGGGUAGCGGGAGGAGGUGGAGUGGGUGGAGUAUGGCGAGUGGUGUUUCUCCGGGCACGAGUCGCAUGAACAGCGUUGAUGGGGAACGACCGAGGAGGUUUGGGAGUUUUGGCAUUGGGAGGAAGAGGAGUUCGGGGGCGGGGACCGGAGGCUUGAGUAGGGAGGUUUCGAGGGAUGAUGAUGCGCCUGGAGUGGUGGGGACUGUUGCGGAGGACCGAGACGAUACAGCUGCGACUGGGACGGAAACAUAUUUCGAUGAUUUAGACGAUACGAUCUUACGAUCUUGGAAGGAGUUCUGGGCUGGAGUUGGACUUUGGGCUGUCCAUACUUGGGAACUGCAUUUGGAGAAAAGCGGGAUUGUUGAUAAAUUUGAUUUGGUUCCCGACGAGAUGAAAUUCGGUACAGAAAAUUUGAUACAAGACUUUGUCAUUUUUCAGCGGACAGUUGGCAGAUGGAACAAUUUCAUCGGGCCUUCAAACUCAGACAAAGAUUUCAUGAACACGAUUGAACUCAAGAAUCCUGUGAGUCCCUCCGCAACACCCACAUACGUCUGGGACAGGAAAGACUCUGGUCAAGUGUUUUUAGCGCAGCAAGCUGUUGCUUAUGGUGUGAAAACGUUCUACUGUAAUACGUGGAGCGUACCGGCGCUCAUGGAGAUGAACAAUAAUGAGAAUAGUGGCGGGUAUCUUUGUGCUGCUAGUGGGCAGACGUGCAAAGCGGGGAUUGGAAGCAGGCUGCAAGCUUCGUAUCCAUGCUCUCCAACGGCGCCCAAGCAGGUCCUGCGGUCCGCUCGAACGCAGCAAACAUGUCCUCCAUCGGCACCACCUGCUGCGAGUCCGAAGGCUGGGCGGCGAAGCACCGCACACACCGGUGCUCUCGGCUCCACGUUCGUCACAACGCACAGGACCUGGCAGACGGAAUACAGUGAUUUAAGCGGAGGCUGGGCGACAUCUUGGUACGGCAGUGGUGGUGCAGGCGAUGGCAUGACUUGGGCGAGCCAAAUCCUCACUGCGCUCACGACGUCCAAUUGCUCUGCUAACUUAUACUGGGUUGCAACACAAGGCUGGAAUACCAAUGAGAAUACGAUCUCCGCCGGUGCCAGUAGCUACACUGUAAGCAAGAGGCUGUGGGCGUUGGCGCAGUAUUCGAGGCAUACCAGACCCGGUGCAAGGAGGGUGGAUGCUAGUCAGGGCGGCAUGCGUGUCACUGCGCUCUUGAACUUGGACGGCAGUCUUAUUGUUCCAUGUAUGAAUACGGGAGUGCAGCAGUUGCUGCGACGAUUGAGUUUAGGGGUUAACACGAGUAGUGUCACGGCGUGGGUUAGGAGCAAUACGCAGGAUAUGGCUAGUACGCCGACCAUUCUGGGCAGUUAUGGGACGGUUAGUGGGGGUGUGGGGGGACGGAGUCUAGUUACGUUUGUGCUUGCGAAGUAG